CUGCAGUACUUGUAGUACUUGUAGUAUCGUGGUCAGGUCAUAAUAUAAACAUGUGUUAUGAGGUGUUGGGGGUUGACUGGAUGUUUCUACUAUUUAAAGUUCAGCGAUUCACGGGCUGCCCACGCGCCCUCUCUGCGCUCUGAUUGGCUUCCCCGCUCGUCCACGCGGCGGAGACAUGCUGCUCGGUGAGCCGGUAACGGGACACCGGGACUCCCCUCCGGUAUAAAACCGACCCGGUGGUCUACAGCUCAGACCACAGUCUCAUCUGGUUCAGUUUGGUCUUACUUUAAUAUUGACCUGAUUCUCUGACUGAGACUCAUUACUUUCAUAUAAUCACUUUUAUUAAUAUUUAAUAUUAUUUUAUUUUUCCUCUAAUAGUAUUGUUCCGUAGUUUCUCUUCUUUUCUUCUUCUGUCUGUUCCUCAUCGUUCCUCCGGUGGAACCAUGGUUCUGUCAGCCUCCCACAAGCCGAAGGUGUCUCUGCAUCUGUCGGAUCCGAGCCGCAGCUUCUACAGCAGCGGAGACAAGCUGUCCGGUUCCGUGCAGCUCCAGGCGGCUCAGCCCUGCAGGCUGACCGGCCUCCGGGUCACUGCCGCCGGCUGCGCUCAUGUGCAGCACCGCAAGAAGAACCGGAGCCAGGAGGUGGAGUACCUGAAGUAUGAGGAGGAGCUGCGGCUGGAGGAGCAGCUGGAGAAAGACUCAGAAGGCUGUUUCUUGCUUCCAGCUGGUAAAUCUUUCAGUUUCCAGUUUGGGUUCGAGCUCCCUCCCCCCGGGCGCCUGGUGUCCUCCUAUAAGGGGAAGUUUGGCUAUAUCCGUUACUACGUGCGUGCGGAGCUGGACCGGCCUUCCCAUCAUGCUUUGCACUGUGAGAGAGAGUUUGAGGUGGAGGAGCCACUGGAUGUGAACAGACCUGAACUACUGGCUCCAGCUGCGUGCUCCAAACAAAAGAAAGUGACGUGCAUGUUCAUCCCGGACGGUCAGGUGUCCAUCAGCGCAAAGAUCGACAGGAAGGGGUUCUGUGAGGGCGAGGACAUCAGCGUCAACGCUAAGUUUGAGAACACUUGUUCACGGAUCGUCGUUCCCAAAGCCGCCAUCGUAGCCAAGCACUCGUACGUCGCCGACGGACACACCAAGGUGUCGGUUCAGAAGCUGGCGGCGGUCCGAGGGAACCACAUCAUCUCAGGAAUGUGUGACAUGUGGCAGGGAAAGACCAUCCGGGUCCCCAGACUGAGACCCUCGCUGCUGGGCUGUGACAUCAUCAAGGUGGACUACGCCCUCAUGAUCUACCUCCACAUCCCCGGCAGUGAGAAGCUGGUUCUGGAGCUUCCUCUGGUGAUCGGCACGGUCCCGUUCAGCGGCGUCGGCAGCAGAACCAGCAGCAUGAGCAGCGGGGCGGGGUCCCUGAGCAGCCAGGGGGGGUCAGUGAGCAGCUGGUCCUCCUUCCCCUCCGCCCCCCCCAGCUACAGCAACAUACACAGAGACCUGCGGGUGCGCGAGCCGCUGCUGCAGGACUACGAUGGAGCGGAGGACGACGAGGACGACGGCGGUCUCGUCAUGAGGGCGCCAGAAAUGUACCUCGUCCCCCCCCCCGCCUACACUGAGGUUCAGGUCCAGGUUCAGGUCCUGGUUCAGGUCCUGGUCCAGGUCCAGGUCCUGGUUCAGGUCCUGGUUCUGAUCCUGGUCUUGGUCUUGGUCCAGGUUUCUGGUGGCAGUAAAUACAGCGAGAAGAGCAGGGGCCCUGAGACAGACCCCUGUGGAACCCCAUAUGGCAGUGGAGCAGGGGCCUUAAGACCGAUCCCUGUGGAACCCCAUAUGGCAGUGGAGCAGGGGCCCUAA